GAGAGAAAGCGGGGAGAGGUUCAGUUGUGUGGGUGAAUCACACCAAUCAGAUUUAAAAAUAUAUAUAUUGUCUGAAAGAAACCAAACCGGUGCCCUUCCUCCGUGUAAAUCGUUUGGUGAUCGCUCCUCCCUAAAAAGACCAGCCCGCUCCUUCUCUCUCUUUUUUUUUCCCUUUUCGUUUUUAACCCCCUGCACUGCCGCUGUGCUGCGAUACAAAGGACGUUGGGUCAGUCUCUUUGUUAAGGACUUCAUGUCUGUAUUUUUCCCCAUUCACUGCCCUGAUUAUUUGAGAUCAGCUGACAUGACUGAGGUGAUGAGCGCUCCAUCUAUGGAGGAGAUUGGUUUAAGCCCCCGCAAAGAUGGCCUAUCCUAUCAGAUUUUCCCUGAUCCUUCAGACUUUGAUCGUUACUGUAAACUGAAGGACCGUCUCCCUUCCAUUGUGGUAGAGCCAACAGAAGGAGAUGUGGAGAGCGGAGAGCUAAGAUGGCCACCUGAGGAGUUCCUGGUCCAGGAAGAAGAGGAAGAAAACUGUGGUGAAGCAAAGAAAGAGAGCAAGGAGCAAUAAAUGGCACAGAAUCUUGUGUACAACUUAAGAUGUUACUUCAUCUUGAGAGGGAAAGAACAAAUGUUCUGAAGCGUCUUUUUCUACAAAAGACAUUCAAUUUUGCACCUGCAAGAUCUUAGGUUUUUUUUGUUUUGUUUUUCAUAUUCUCGAUUGAGAACUGAAGCGCUUGACGUGACAAUCUCCAGCUGAAACGAAGGAAGAAAGUUGGGCAGGGGGAGGGGGGAACCUAUGCCUGCUCUUCUCAAGACCGCUGUUGAAUUGUGCUGAGGUUAUCUGGGGGCAGCCGCGAAAUUGCAGGGCGCUUUGGUGGAGGGUUAGACAGGCAGGAAGCACGCCUUUUCUGACGCGUGUGGAGUGGAAGAAAUGACUACAAAGUGUAAAACGCAGCUGCCUUUAUGUAAGGAACUGCCUCUGGCUACGAAAGCAUGAGAAUAGUAUUCAUCUCUCAAAACUUUGCCUUCUUAUAGUGCUUCUGUUUGUUUGUGUGUGCGCGUGCGUGCAUUUGGGGAUUGGGAGAUAUAGUAACAUGCCACUCAGAUGCUCCAAUGACAUUACCAAGGAAGGCAGGUAUUCCCUGCUGAGCAGCAUAGAGGAGCAACGGAUCAAUAACUUCUUUCCCAGUCCAGUAUCUCCUCUUAAAGUCACACAAUUCACUGUAGGAGUGCUGGUAUUUGGCACUGGCUUACCCAGCCUGUUACACAAAAUCUCUCUCUCUCUUUUUCCCCCUCCCCCUCCAGCCCUUUUUUUUAAAGUAUGAACUUAAAUCUUGCAACGUUGAAUAGCUUUUUCUUGGCGCGGUGCUGCCAGCUUUAGAAAUAGUCCUUUGCCGCUUGUUCUGCAAUAGCCUUGUUUAUCCUGCACUAAGUAACAAACAAGUCGUCUCAUUUAUUUUAUUACUAAUUUUUUUUCCUUUGGCAAGUGUUUUUUUUAAGCUGCAAGAGAUUUUUGCCAUAAAAAUAUCUGAAGUAUGUUUCCUUUUUCUGUCACCAAAGCAGCAGUUAAGCCCCCCAGUCAAUAACACAUCUGGUUGCUGUGAGAGGUUGGCUUCUGUCGUGUCAUUGAGGUUGCGUAGUUUCAUCAUGUGCAAAUGCUGUAUCAGGGGCUCUCAGGAGACCCCAAAUAUGAUGAGUCUAAACAGAAUUUUGGGGAUAAUCUGAAGAUGGAAUAAUAGGGGUAAUGGCUGAAGGAAAGCAGGUCUUCUCUUCAUACAAAGAAAAAAAGUAUUAUGGUCUCUCAGUAUUGUGGAGAAGAUAAUAUGUUUUUUUAAAAAACAUUUCUAUUGGAUUUAUCGAUGGGCAUAAAUUUAAAUUUCCAGUAAUAACCUCCACUUCUUUUGUCCUAUUUAUUCUCUUUUGGAAGAAGGAAAUCAAAUUUCAGGAUAAGCUAAACUUGACACUUCCUAGGGAAAACAAUGUCUGGAUGCUUGGUGGAAGUCCCUCUUUGAGACUUUGCAGUAUGAAAGGACCACUCUGUGAAAUCAAAAGCCAAUGAUUUCCCUUUUAAAUAUGGAGACACUAAAAAGAUGUAAUUCACACACAUCAUGGCCUUAACAGGAUAUUCAGAGUAAUCCCUAGUCUCCCAGAUCCCUUGUUUGAUGGCUCUUUUUUUUUUAAUGAAAUCUAUUGGGACUUUGUGUGUGUGUGUGUGUGUGUAUAUAUAUAUAUAUGUAUUUGAUACCUCAUGAGUAGUAAAAAAUGCUGGUAAGGGGUUAGGGGAAUUUGCUUGUUAAAAUCAGCAGGAUUUUUUCCCCCCAGUCUUGUCUUGCUUGUGUUUUCAACAUUAAUGGCAAUAACUUUUUAACAGCUGUGAGUCAUUGUUACAUGUGGGUGUGAGGUUGCAGAUUAUGACCCGAGUUGUUGUUUUUUCUUUCUUUUUCAAGUAUAAUAAUGUAGGGAUGUAGUUGGGUGUUCUUGUGUGUUACUUUGGCAGCCAAGAACCUGUACUACCUGUCUUGUUUUGACAUCACUGAAAACCUGUCUUGCAUUACUUACCUAGCCACGGUUGCUUUAAAACUGAUGGAUCCAGAUGUUUUUUGUUUUGUAUCCUGCACAUCUGUUUUCAGCCCACUGUUCAGUAGAAUGAGUUUUUACACUUGCACACAACUCUGAAUUGCUCUACUUUUUUCCCCUUUUACUCCCCCACCCCUAAUUUUUUGUCCCAGGUUUGAAGUUGUCAAAUGUUAGCCACUCAGAAAAGCAAAGAAAUCCUUAAAUGCUUACAAUCAGAGUGGAAAUGCUGUUUGUCUUUUCAGUAUUUGCAUAUCCUUUUUCUGCCUCUCUUUUAAUUUUUGAAAAUUGUCGCUUGUAUUUCUGUCACUUUUGAAUGUGUCUGAAGAACAAAGCACCCCAGUUGAACUUCUCCAGUUGUAUAUUAAUAUUACAUUCUAUAUUUCUGUAAAAAAAUCUUUUUUGAUCCUCAGGGAAAAAGCUAGCAUUUUUUUCAAACUACUUUUGUCACUGUGACAGUUGUAAAUAAAGUUUGAAAAUGCUUUCCAAA